AUGAUUUCGCCCUUAUGGCGCCUUGUCUUCGGCUCCCUUUUUUCACUGCUAACAAUUGUUGGCCUGUGUGGAAAUGCUUUAGUUAUUGUUGCUAUUUUAGGAGAUCGAAAAAUGCGUAGAAGUGUGAUGAAUUUGCUUUUGCUUAAUUUGGCUGUUGCCGAUGCCUUGAAUUUAGCUACAACUUCACUCGAAUGGACACCCACGAUUGCAUUAGGCUCUCCUACAUGGAUUCCGUGGUUGCCGCAUUAUUUAUGCCCUUUAGUCCGCUAUUUUGAGUGUGUCUUUUUAUUUACGUCAAUUCUUACACAAUUAAUGGUUUGCAUUGAACGUUAUAUUGCUAUUGUUUUUCCAAUUCACGCCCGUCGCCUAUGCUCACGUACAAAUAUUCUCAUAGCAAUUUUUACAAUAUGGUUAACUGCCUGUUUAAUUGCUGUUCCAUAUGUAUUACAUAAUAAAAUUAGUCCAGACGGGUCAGUUUGUAUUAACGUUCGUGCUUCUUCAGAAUUUUGGAAUAAAUGGUUUGAAUUUUUGACUCUUUAUUUGCUUCCUUGUCUGGCAUUCCUUUUUCUUUAUUCUAAAAUUUGUGCUGUUCUAUGGGCGAAGAAUAGACAACUUUAUGAAGUUCCAGAAACAAAAACAUCACUCUCAGCAAGAGAUGAGCCUCGGUUGUCAGAUCCCGGCUCAGCUGCUAGUCGAACAAGCAGCACAUCAGCAGCUUUGCUGGGAGCCAGAGAAGAAGCUUUAAGGACUAGAAGAAAUGUAGUUAAAAUGUUGGUGGCUUGUGUUUCUGUUUAUUUUGUUUGUUAUUCACCUAUACAAGCUAUUUUCUUAUCAAGGCAUGAAUUUUAAUAAAAGAAAGUAAAAAAUGAAACUGAAGCUUUGUAAUAAAUAAAAAUGAGAUCUUGAAGCAACAAGAUAAAUAUAGCAUUAAAAUAAACUUGAAGCAGAAAAAAUAGCAAAAUAAACAAACAAGAAAAAAUAAACUUGAAGCAAAAAUAAACUUAAAACUUAAGUACAGUAAGAAAUAAAAAAUAUGAGAAGCAAAAACUUGAAAAAUAAAACUUAAUGAAGCAAAAAAGUUGGAAUAAAUAAAAAUAAACUUGACGCAAAUAAAACAAAAGUGAAAAUACAAAACUGA